AUACUUUUAAUAUAUUAAUGAUUCUUUUCCAGAUCAUUUCGCAGGAUAGUAGUCAUUCCAAUUCUUCUACUUCACCAAUUGACUCACCAGGUGGAACGAAUACCACACCAAGUGUUCAGCAGACCUGUUCGCAACUUAUCAAGGCUGGGCUCAAGCUUUCCAUCCAAAGCAAGCGAAAACUUUCUACUUGUGAUUCCAGCUCUGGUUCUGAUCAGCCAAACUCAAAGUAUUCUCGCCCAGACGAAGAUGGCGAAGAUUCAUCAGAUGAAGAAAACGAAUGCAAAACGACAACAAAAGGUCUAACGCCGGAGGACGAAGAUCGUCGGCGUCGCCGCCGCGAACGAAAUAAAAUCGCUGCUACGAAAUGCCGGAUGAAGAAACGAGAACGUACACAAAAUCUGAUUAAGGAAUCAGAGCAAUUAGAAACUCAGAAUGUCGAUUUGAAGUCGCAGGUGCGAACUUUAGAAGCUGAGCGUCGCAAAUUAUUUGACAUGUUGCAAUGCCACACAACCACCUGCGUGCAUGCGGGUGGACUUAAUUUACCAUCUAAACUCAUGCAGUCGCCAGCUCAUAAGUACCUCGCUGCCCUCGAUAUAGAUGAAAAUAGUACUGCCAAUAGCAGCUCGGCGUCAACAAGCGUGACUGCUAGUGGAGCCCAUUCCCAAACGCAUCAACAAAGUCAGGCCAGCAUUGCUCUAAGUAAUCAGUCGGCCCAUGGAGUGCAACGCACAGUGAUCCCACCAAUGUCAACCAUUAAAUUUUCACGAAGUGCCGCUGUAAACCAACAGCUGCACCAAUUACCCACGCAACAACAGCAUCUGCCAAAUGGCUACUGUAAGCCAUCACCCACGCCACAGGAGCUUGGCUACCUAGCUUCACCGUCACAAGAAAGCAUAUGCUUGCCCGCCAUUCUUCCACAACUUUCUUCGCAAACUCCUGCCACCCACCAGAUUGGAGCUGCCAAUGUUAGUGCCGGCUCAGUGCCUUCCAUUAACCAGCAGGUCUCCGAUUACAUUCCAAACUGUGAAAAUAGUCUUGGUCUAGUACUGGCACACACUCCCACCUCUGUUCAAAGCAACGAUGACAACAGCAUCCUACUUGGUGACAUGGUUAGCCCACUUUCGGUUAUGUCCACACCCACCACGGCAACGGAGUUCGUCAAAAACGAGCUAGUCGACUCGCAAAGCCCUUACACCACCGCCCAGUCAGCUGAACGUUUUCUCUUUGAGAGUAAUUGUGACAGCUUCAUCGAUAUCAAGCAUGCCGUCAACUUACAUCAUGGAAUUCUCAAUAGUAAUAACAAUAACAACAACAAUAAUAGCAUUGCAGCUAUCCAUCACAAUAUCAACAACAACAACAAUCUUUUGGAUUUCAAUACCUCUUUGAUAGGUAACGGCAGUGGAAUUGUACCAUUCCACGAUCAAAUAUCGAUCAAAAACGACUAUCUGCACGAUGCCGAUUUAUUGGCUCAGUUCACGGCAGACGGUGCUGAUUUUGUAGACCUCGAUUCCAGUGUUGCAGCGACAUUUAUGACAAAUAAUGGCUGUUUGGCGUGAAAUAGACCUUCGACAUUUUCGAAUGAAUAAGAGUUUAUUGGGGAAAUAAGAAGCGUUGCGUUAUCGCAAAAAGAUAGCCGUCUUCGUAUGCAUGCAUAAAAACUGCUGCUUUUCUUUAAUAUUCGUUCUGUUGACUCGCGUGCGUUGGUGUUGUUAUUGCAAUUCGUUAUUCAUUUCAUUUUUAUAAACAAGCAAUUAGGAAGUGUUGAGUUAAGAAAUAUAUGUAUAGAUACCAAUAAAAUGUAGACACUAAUUAGAGUUAUGAAUAGAACACCGCCAAAGUCACAAAAUUACAUAUGUAUGUAUGUAUGUAUGUACCUCUACAUACACAUACUAUUUAAAUGCAUAUACUGCAUACAUAUACAUAUAUGUAUAUGAAUGUAUGAUGUUGGUGUUAACCCUAGAUGCUAAUCAAACCAUCCUAGUACUAGACGUAAGUAAGUGGUUGUCUGGGCUUCACAGUUUUUUUACUAAAAUGUUUGCGUCUUCCAAAACAUUGAUUUCAAGCGAACUUUGACAUUUCAUUUUAAAAUUAUUUGACGCCAAAUUUCUCUUUCAAUGCUAACGAUUACGAAGAGCCUGAUUACCACCAACCUCGAAUAACAAACACAACCGAAUUGGCUUUGAUGGUUUUUGAUUUUGAAAUGAAAUGCAAUCACGGGUUUUAAACGAAUCCCGUUUUAUAUAAGUAUGUGGCUUUACUACCUCAAAACAGCAACAAAAAUGAAAUACGAGUACUUGGUGAAAAUUUGUUGCGGUCCAAAAAUUUACAAUGGUGGGACAUGCAUAGAAUUUAAAUCCACACAUACAUAUGUACAUGUAUAUGUACUUUUUUUUUGUUUACCUCUGUUAAAUGUAUUGAUCAAAUAACAUUCCAAAAUUGUAAGGAAAUAUAUGUAGGCUUAAAAUUUUUAAAUCGCUACACAUUUUACGUAAGUGUACGUUACGAAGAAUCAGAAUCACAUCCGCAACAGUAAUUAUUAUAUUUAAUUGCGAGUUUAUGUAUACUCCCAAGUGAUUUCACAUUGAAAAGAUAAAGUUUGAGAAGGAAAUUAAACUUUAGUAAAAAUACACUAUAAAAAAAAAAUUUUUUAGUCGAAGACAAGCAGAAAAGUUUUCAUUGAAGAGAUUAUUUAAAAUCUAAUUAUUUGGACCAUGUCUAACUGAGCUGUCUCGCUGUAAUUCUUAAUAAAGUUUUAAUUUAUUUAUUUUUUUAUUUUAAAUAUGUGCGUGUUAAUAAAAUGCUUAUGUGUUUCUAUUAGGUUCUUAUUUAUCUCCUAUACCUUUGUUGUAAUAGUAUUUAUUGUUUUAUUUUUACUUGUGUACUUUUUAUUUUUAAUUUUUUAAUUUUGCAAUUUAGUUUUAAAAGGAAAUCUAUGAUAUUCUGUAUAAGUGAUAAACAUAUGUACAUAUGUAUACGCCUGCAUGUGUGCAUAUGGGCAUAAUUAAAUAUAGCCAUAAGAAGCAACUGUAAAUGUAACAUGCAAUCAGCUUAAAAAUAAACUAAACUAACCUCAUAUUUUAUUUAUGAUAUAUGUAUGUAUUUAUUAGUGUC